CCGUCAUCCCCGGAAGUGACCGAGCUGCCUGAAGCAGGUGGAGAUGCUGAAGCCGAGAUUUACGUUGCGUUAAGGUGAUAAAGAGGUGGAAAAGUGUCUCCACUCCUAUCUAGAGCCCCGUCCCCUUUUCCUUAAAAGCCAGGUCCGGUCCAAAUAUGGGGACGCUGAGGAAGAGGAACAUGACUGCAGAUGGAGAGCCUCACUCUCAGAAAGAGGAGAAGCCACCGGUUCCGGUCCGGAAGGAAAAGAAAAAAGGAAAGACAGAUAUUAGCAAAAUCUUCAUCAACAUUUCCAUCGGGUUGUGCAUUUUCAGCCUCGUCUGGUUUUUUUAUGCCCUGUACAUGCGCUCGGCUUUGGCCAAGAGAGCAGUGACGCUUCAUCCUUCGCCUCGGGUCUUAGAUGCAAACAGCACCACAGCUGCCGUGUCUCCCGAGAGGUUCUGGGGCUCGUAUCGGCCGCAGGUUUAUUUCGGCAUGAAAACAAGAAGUCCAAGAUCUGUCGUUACAGGCUUGAUGUGGAUGCGUCAGUUCUCUGCCGUGGGCGUUAACCUGAGGCACACGUGUGAGCAGGGGGACCGGUUGCGAUCCUACGGCUGGCUAUUUCACGAUGGCAUCAACUUUGGCAUACAGCAGAUCCAAGACACAGAUUUUAGUCUCACAACGACCUUCGUGAAACGUAUGGGAGGGGAACAUGGUGGCGACUGGGCGUGGAGAAUCAUAGGCAAGAAACACAGCACUUCCCCUCAUGCUCCAGUUGUUUCGCUGAUGUUCUACGUGGCUGCAGAUACUCAGGGUUCCCUGCAAGCUCACAUAGAGAAUAGGACACGCCUGAGCCAUGUUACAGGCACUUCAGACGAACUAGGAGACUUCAAAAUCACUUUUGGCAAACCCACCGAUGGAGAGGCGUCUCCCGAUAAAUACGCCAGCUAUAAUUACUUGCAGACGCUGAGCCCUGGUCUGGACCAAUUAACAGACAUCGUGAAGGACAGCCUGAGUCGCAGAUUUGUUUUUAGUCCAUCCAGUGACGAGAAGAGGCUUUACAUUGCUGUGGAUACCUACAGACCUCCUCCGCAAGUGCAAAAAGAUAACCGCAUCCAGAGUGACUUUGUGGUGCACCAGGUUACUGUCCAGGUUCCCUUCCAGAUUGAGGUUUUGUUUGAGUCUGGAAGUUUCCAUGACCGACCCAACCAGUUGAAGGGCUCGGUGCUGACCGAGGAGCUUACGAGGCUGAAGAUGUCUUAUAAUGAGAAGUUUGAGAAGACGUUCGGACUUCAGAAUAAAGGGUUUACUCCAGCCCAGGUGAGGUUUGGCAAGGCUGCUUUAAGCAACAUGCUUGGUGGUAUGGGCUACUUUUUUGGACAGUCAGUGGUGCGGUCACCAUAUAGCGAGCACCCCAUAUUUUACCCAGAGGGUGCCUUGUUCACUGCUGUGCCCUCCCGCUCCUUCUUCCCAAGGGGUUUCCUGUGGGACGAAGGCUUCCACCAGCUCCUCAUCCGUAAGUGGGACCCCCAGGUGACGCGGGAGGCUCUUGCUCAUUGGUUGGACUUGAUCAACGUGGAGGGCUGGAUCCCACGUGAACAGAUCCUGGGUGAUGAGGCGCUCAGCAAGGUCCCUUCAGAGUUUGUAGUGCAGCACAUUGAAAAUGCAAACCCUCCUACAUUCUUUCUCGUCCUGGAGGAGUUUUUGGAGCACCUUGAGGCGCAUCCAGGUGCACCACAAUUUCGGAAUUCUCUACCUUUCCUCCGAAGGUUGUACCCCCGACUGCAGACUUGGUUCGAGUGGUAUAACACCACUCAAGCUGGACCCUUGCCCAACUCCUACCGUUGGCGUGGCAGGGACAAGGACACCAACCUCUUCCUCAACCCUAAGACCUUGACUUCCGGGCUGGACGACUACCCCCGUGCAUCACACCCUUCUGAGGAUGAAAGACAUGUGGAUUUGUACUGUUGGAUGGAGCUUGCAUCACGGACCAUGACGAGCAUGGCGCGACUCCUCGGAGAACCCCAUCAGGAAUACGAGCGCACCUACCUGACCCUCAGCAACAACAGCCUCCUGAGUGAGUUGCACUGGUCCGAGCAGCUUCAUGCCUUCUGUGACUACGGUAACCACACUCAGGCUGCAUCACUGCAGCAAGAAAAGGUUGUUGUGCCACCUGGACAGAUGAGGCACCAGUUACCAGUAAAACGCCUGGUGCGGUCAGUACGCAAAGCCCCAAAGCUUCAGUACGUCAAUGCGCUUGGCUACAUUAGUCUGUUUCCAUUCUUGCUUCACGUCCUGACACCUGACUCCCAAAAACUCGAGCACAUUUUGAAAGACAUUCGAGAUCCUGCUCGCUUGUGGACACCCUAUGGCUUGCGCUCACUUUCCCGUUCAGAUCCAAUUUAUAUGAAGCGCAAUACAGAGCACGAUCCCCCUUACUGGCGUGGUGCUAUAUGGAUCAACAUCAACUACCUGGCACUAAGGGCGCUGCACCAUUACAGCAGUAUAGACGGACCAUACCAGGAGAAGGCUUCUGAUCUCUAUCAAGAGCUCAGGACUAACGUCAUCAAUAACAUUUACAAACAGUACCAUGAGACUGGAUAUAUCUGGGAACAGUACAGUGACAGCACAGGUCGGGGACAGGGUAGCCACCCUUUCACAGGCUGGUCAGCUCUGAUUGUACUCAUCAUGGCUGAAGAAUACUGACUCCCCUGCAGGUGCUGUAUUCAUCUAUUAAAUGUUCUCUGCUAAUGAGGAAAUGUUUAAUUGCUUGUUUAAAGAAAUAAAAAUAAAGAGAGUGUACGUAGGGGAACAAAAUCUCUGAUUUAUUUUUCACAAUGACGUACUGAGGUCUUUUUAUAAAUCGAACUUUCUACAAAAUGGACGAUCAGAGAUUCACUUUUAACAUGUGGUUAAUGUAAUAUGUUUAUGCUCAGGUGUCAGUUCCAAUGGGAUGUGGGAGUGUUUACAAAUGCUAUGACAAGAAUUGUAAUGUCAUUUCAAAAAAACCCACAAGCAUUUUGUUCUGGAAUUCAGGUGUGUUCAAAAGAAUAAAUCGAUAUCUACCUGC